GGCCGUUAGAGCUGAAUUAAACCGUCAGUCACUGUGAUCGAUCUUCCCGUCGCCACCGUAACGUACUAAUCUUCAUCGAGAACCCGAGCGGCCGUCCGACAUAUUCAGCUAGUCAAGCAAGUAGUGGCUGGAGGGAGAGAAGCCUUUCGCGGUUGCUUUUGCAUCUGUCAUCGAAAUUCCUUUUUGGGCUGGCUCGCUUUUUCCCCCUUCUCUGGUUUUGGUUGGUCCCCCAGCAAUAAAUCGAAUUCCUUCCAUCCACAAAGACUCCCGCAGCGAAUGUGUGGAUCCUCUUCACUCCGAAUCUUACAGGGUAAUCUCUCUCUCUCUUUCGAACCGUUAGCUAAAUAUAGAAGAACCCUUCAAUUUCCCCCACCAUCUCUCUUCCCAGUUUCGACGGAUCUUAAACCCUCCAUCAUGUCGCUGACAAUCAAGCUCCACGUUGUUCCCCACACCAUUCCCCACACCGCUAUACGACGAGCUCCCGUGGCUGCCGUGACGAAUGUGAAGCUGCUGGUGGGGAAACCCAUUUACGGCGCUAACGAGUUGCUUCCAUUUCUGUACAGGCGGACGACGAGGUCGAGAAACAUGAAGGGUGCUGUUUUGCCGGCGAUCAAGAGCUCCUUGAUCGACCCCGACGGCGGGGCGCUGGUGGAUUUGGUGGUGCCGGAGGGGGAGAGGGCCGCGAAGGUUUCUGAGGCUGAAGGGUUGCCGAAGGUGAAGCUAACGAAGGUGGAUGUGGAGUGGGUUCAUGUGGUAAGUGAAGGGUGGGCGAGCCCGUUGAGAGGUUUCAUGAGGGAGGAUGAGUAUUUGCAGAGCCUGCAUUUCAAUUCGUUGAGGAUGGAGGAUGGGAAGGUGGUGAACAUGUCGCUCCCGAUUGUGUUGGCGAUUGAUGAUGGGACUAAGGAGAGUAUUGGGUCCGCGAAAGAUGUUGCUCUUUUGGGUCCUGAUGGGGAUGUCAUUGCCAUUCUUCGAAGUAUAGAAAUAUACAAGCACAACAAAGAAGAGAGAAUAGCCAGAACCUGGGGCACAACUGCUCCUGGUUUACCCUACGUGGAGGAGAGCAUCACUCAAGCUGGAAACUGGCUCAUUGGCGGAGACCUUGAAGUCCUAAAACCUAUCAAGUACAAUGACGGGCUCGAUCAUUAUCGCCUCUCCCCCAAGGAGCUACGCAAAGAAUUUGAUAAGCGUGGAGCUGAUGCAGUUUUCGCUUUUCAGCUAAGAAACCCGGUUCACAAUGGUCACGCUCUUUUGAUGAACGACACUCGUAGGCGGCUUCUGGAUAUGGGUUACAAGAAUCCCAUUCUCUUGCUGCAUCCUUUGGGAGGGUUUGUGAAGGCUGAUGAUGUGCCUUUGGAUGUCCGAAUGGAACAACACAGCAAGGUUUUAGAGGACAAAGUUCUUGAUCCAGAGACCACGAUAGUUGCAAUUUUCCCUUCACCUAUGCAUUACGCUGGUCCGACAGAAGUGCAAUGGCAUGCCAAGGCAAGAAUAAACGCAGGAGCUAACUUUUAUAUUGUGGGUCGUGAUCCUGCUGGCAUGGGGCAUCCUGUGGAGAAGAGAGAUUUGUAUGAUCCUGACCAUGGGAAGAAGGUGUUGAGCAUGGCUCCUGGGCUUGAGAAACUGAAUAUUUUGCCCUUCAGGGUAGCAGCUUACGAUACAGUUGCAAAGAAGAUGGCCUUUUUUGAUCCAUCAAGAGCGCAAGAUUUUCUAUUCAUAUCUGGAACCAAGAUGAGGACAUUUGCAAAAACAGGUGAAAACCCACCCGAUGGUUUUAUGUGCCCGGGAGGGUGGAAGGUCCUUGUGAAGUACUACGAGAGCUUGCAAACAGAGGACACCAAGCAGCAGAAGCCUGCUGCUGUAUCUGCUUAAGGAUCUGGGUUUGGUUAAAUGUCGAGCUUAAGAUAAAAGAUAAAGACUUUCCACUCCAUUUAGUGGAAGUCCUUGAGCAAAAGUUAUGGCAGCCAUAACCAUCAACUGAAGAGUUCUGGGGCUGGCCCUUUGGUAACUGGGUAUCUGUUCUUCCCUGGGUUUCUUUUUUGGUUCUUGAGACUAAAAGGAGUUAUAUUUAUUUUAUCAUUCAUUUGGAUGACAGUCUAGCUAGUUUUUCUUUUCUGCAAUAUUACAUGAUAAAAAUGACGGCUAUUCGAUCUGUUAUCAACGUGGGAAGAGAAAGUAGUACCCUUUUCUCAACUUUCUUUCCUUGCGUUAUGCUGCAAUGCCAUGAAUCUGCUUCAGCAACCCUGGUAGAGUAUAGAUCGAGGAAAGUUGCAGGUUUAGAGUUCUGUAUGUACAGUCUCAACUGCUGCAAAUAACUUGUAAUAGUGUCCAAUAGUCCAAGGUACUCCAAACUCAAAAGUGGUUAGAUGUGGGUCAAUUCCUGGGCUAAGAGUGCAUAUGGACCAAGUGAUAAAAGUUCCAUUGGGUUGUGAUUCGGUAAUGG